UCCGAACAUGCUGAUGCUAGGCCGGGAAAUUAAUCUUCCCGCUGAUUUGAUGUUUGUCCAGUGCCAGCCGGGGGAAGCUCAGGAAGUUGGGGACUACAUCUCAGAAUUGGUUCGUUCCAUUCGGGACGCUCACGAUAUUGCCAGGGAGACCCUCAAGGAGACUCAGAAGCGCAUGAAGAAGAAUUACGAUCUGCGUGUUCUGAAGCGGCCUUAUAAACGUGGGGAUAGGGUGUAUAUACUCGAUAACAGCACCCCCAAAGGCAAAUGCAAAAAACUUUGUCCUCCGUGGAAGGGUCCGGGAGUCAUAAUAGACGUCAUAACUCCGUGUUUAUUCAGGGUACAGUUGAGGAACAAAGUGAUGAUCCUCAAUCAUGAUAAGUUGAAGCCUUGCCUUGAUAGGCAGCUUCCCAAAUGGUUGAUUAACUAUGUUUUACCACCUUCCUCUUUACCUACAGAUAAUGCGGAUGAUGCCCCAGGAACGCUGUAUUGCAGUUGUCAUAAACCCUGGGCAGGCGCCUUUAUGAUUCAGUGCGAUUAUUGUGAUGUCUGGUAUCAUGGCUCAUGUGUAAACAUCUCGCCAUCGGAUGCCCUGGACAUUGAUUUGUAUAAGUGUGCCCAGUGUAGAAACCCUGGCCAGCUGACUAUUCACUAAUGUGUAGUGUUAAUAAUUAGUUCAAUUUCCCAUGUCCAUUUCUAACCACAUGUAUUGUAUUUCCUUACUCUCGCAGAAAUGGACAAGCAAGAUCAGCUGCCGUCCGUUGAUGAGAUGGACGUCCAACUUAGUGUGGCUGAGGAGAAUAACCUCCUCGCCGAUUCACCUCACCCGCCACCACUGGAGUCACUCCCGCCCGCAGAGCCGUUGCCGCCAGCAGAGUCGUCGUCAAUGGAGCCUGAGGCGGAUGUUCAUCCAGUGGAGCAAACUCCAUCCUCAGCCGAACCAUCCCAACCCGGAGCAGGAAAACGCCCAUCACUGCCUCCGGAGAAUGCUUGUGUUUGGCCGGGGUGUACUAU